AUGAAUAUUCUUUCUUCCAUGCUUAAUCGGACUGUUGCAAGAGGACUUUUUAAUUAUCAUCCUAAAUGCAAGAAAGUAGGAAUCACCCACUUAUCAUUUGCUGAUGACCUGUUAAUAUUCUGUAAGGGUAAUGUUGAAUUAGUAAUUGGUGUCAUUACUGUUCUUGAAAGCUUCUAUGAGAUGUCUGGUCUGAACUUAAAUGCAGCAAAAUGUAUGUUCUUCACUGCUGGAAUUUCUCUUAGCCACAUCGAGCAUAUCAAGCAAGCCACAAGGUUCACAUAUGGUGUUUUACCUGUUCGAUACCUUGGGGUCCCAUUGAUAACUCGUAAACUCUCUGAACAUGACUGUGAAUCCCUCAUUGCAAGUAUUAAAGCUAGGCUCGCACUAUGGUCUGGUAAGAAUCUGAGUUACGCAGGAAGACUUGAACUCCUUCCCCUUCCUCAAGCCAUAAUCAACAAAAUUGAAGAACUUUGCUCUAGGUUCUUCUGGAAAGGCUCUGACAAAGCUGUUACAGGUGCAAGAGAUAGUAAUCUGUGGCAAAUGGAAAGCAGAGCCAGUUUCAGUUGGAGUUUCAAUCGUAUCCUUAAAUUGCGCAGUGAAGCAACCUCACUUAUUUCGACUGGUGCAUUUUCCAUUAAAGAUAUUUGGCAGGAAAUUAGGGUGAAGGAGAACAAAGUUCCCUGGCAUUCACUGAUUUGGUUCCUGCAGCAUAUUCCCAAGCACAGUCUCAUUGCUUGGAUGGCAAUCCUAGAUAGAUUGCCAACACGAGACCAACUGAUGCGAAUGAGAAUUAUCACAGAAGGGAAUUACGUGCUGUGCAACGAUAAAUUGGAAUCAAGGAACCAUUUGUUAUUUGACUGCGACACUGCUUCAAAUUUAUGGAAAAAUAUUCUGCUACUCAGCAGCAUUAACAAACACUGCUCAACAUGGGAGGAAUUGCUAGUUUGA